AUGAAGAUAGACGGUCUAAGUCUCAGCUCAGGUGGCGCAUCCGUUGGCCAGCCGGUGCUUGUGGUCGGCAACGAUGCUGGCGAAGCCACAAGCAUCAUCGACGGCGCGAUCAGCCGAACAGACCGCAACGCCCCCCAGUACGACGGACCCUACAGUGACUUCAACAUCAGCUAUUACAUGGCCAACAUGAACUUGAGCGGAGGGUCAUCCGGCAGCCCGGCGUUGGGUGAAGAUGGCUUGGUGCUGGGGAUGGUUUCGGGGAGGCGGACAGAUGGCGCGAUAUGCUUCCUUCUGCCGACGGGUCCCGUUCUCCAAAUCUUAUGCCGUCUACGCCAAGGUCAAGACGUGCACCGAGGUGACAUCCAGUGUCAGUUUGUGAUGAAACCAAUCUACGAGUGCAAGGGUUUAGGGCUGGACUCGGGCUGGGAGGAAAGACUUCGCCGGCAGAUUACGGCGUCAGGUGGGCUGCUCGUCGCAAGUAAAGUUUUGGUCGGCGGCCCGUCGUGCGGGAGGAUUCUACCAGGGGAUAUUCUUCUCGAGGUGAAUGGGGCUGUCGCGCUCCAGUUCGACGAGCUCGAGGAUGCAUUCAACGAGAAUGUGAACGGCCAGGUUUCUAUGAGCUUGCUCCGAAGCGGGCAACUAGUUCUCGGUAUCAUCGACGUCAUCAAUCUUCACCACAUCAUGCCAAAACGUCUUGUAUCGUUGGGAGGCCUGUUCUGCCAUGAUGUAACAUACGUGCAAGCAGUCAACAUGUCUGUGGCUGCUCGCGGCGUCUAUGUGGCCGAGUCCACGGAGCCGAUGUUGAUUGGCGACGGCGAGCCUGGCUGGAUCAUCCAAAGCCUGAAUGGCCGUCGUGGUGACCUGCGCGCAUCUCGAGAGCCUUCAUCGACGCCGCACUUCCGUCCUCAGACUUGA